CCAGCACACACGCCACAACUGGAGGCGACUGGAGUAACAGUCGUCUAACCACGAGGGCGUAGACGUUGAACCUGAGGCAGACGCGCGCUAUAUAAACCCCCACCCCCAGACCCCGGCACAGAGACGGCAGAAGCUCACGGCGUCGUCCACGGCACUCAAGAGCAUGGAUUCUCCGCCCGGGUGCAGCCACGAGGAUACCGGCUACCGCAGCCUGGGGGUCGAUGAGCUCCAGGAAGAACUGCAUGAUGUGAAGGCUAUGGCGACCUCGGUGACUGAAGCGGGAGGAGACGACGAGGAGAAAAUAGGAUCCGACCCGGAGCAGGGCGCAGCAGCAGCAGGAGAAGAAAGCCAAGUUGGCGCGGAAGCUCCAGACCCCUUCGACGACGAGACCCAGAAGUGCGGCGGCGGUGGCGGCGGCGGCGGCGACCAGGAGCCCACCCAGGAGGCUGCCCAGGAGGCCGCCGAGGGUCUGCAGCCCCAGGACAGGCAGCAUCGCUUCUACCUCAAAACCUUCAGGCGGCUGCAACUGCAGGAACUGGAGAACGUUUUCCAACGCGGUCAAUACCCCGACGUGUUCGCAGGAAAGGAGCUGAAAUUACGCGUGGAUGUGACCGAAGCUAGCGAGCAAGUCAGUAAUCCUGAAAAAGGCAACAAGCCAGGACAGCCACUCUAAAUCCUGCUUCAAGAAUUGACCAGCUGUGUCCUAGACGUUCUCAAGUUGGUGUGUUUUUGUUAACUUUUCCAUGUUUGGCAAAUAAGCUUUGAAGUUUUGGGGGUGAAAAUGGGAUAAGCAAACCCCAGCUUAUGGGAAAUUUCCCAUUACCAGGGGGAAUGUGAUUUUCUAAUGGAAACAUAAAAAGAAAAAGAACCAAACUGCCGUUUACCCCUAUUCUCUGUACAAGAUUAAAUACAAAUAAAGUUUAACUGCU